AUGUCGGAAAAAAGAAAACAUAGUGCCAUAUGGUUGCAUUUCUCUGAAGAUGGAAAUAAAAGAGCCAAAUGCAACUAUUGUAAAACAAGUUUAAGUACUUCAGGAGGUUCACAUGGAAAUCUUUCUCGACAUAUGAAGUCAAAGCAUCCACUUACCCAAUUGAAUUUGGAGAGGCAGGCUUCUACUCCAAUUUCAACAGAAAUUUUAGAGUCGGAUGUGAUACAUGUUGACCAACCAUCCACCAGCACACAAAUUCGUGCACAAACAUCACAAUCUCAAUCAAUUACAAACUUUUUCCGCAAGCCACCUCCAGUUCGUAAAGUCGAACAGAUCGACAAACAAGUCUUAAAAAUGGUAGCUAAAGGACACCAUGCUUUACGAAUUGUAGAGGAACUGGAAUUUAAAAAGCUCAUCGAGGUUGUUUCACAGUGUCCGGGAUAUACGCUACCAACUAGAAAAACGCUGUCAAAUAACAUUUUACCAACUGUAUAUAAUGAAAUUUUAUCAAAUGUAAAAAUUCAACUUGUAACAGCUACAGCCGUUUGCCUUACAACCGAUGGGUGGACAUCAAAAACCAAUGUCAGCUAUUUGGCAGUUACGGCGCAUUAUAUUGACGAUGAUACUAAUCUAAAAUCGCAUUUAAUUGCAUGCGAUGAAUUUGGCGAAAGGCAUACUGCUGAAAAUUUGACAAAUUAUUUAGAAAAAAUCAUGUCAGAUUUUGAAAUUAAUAAUAAAAUAACUGCGGUGGUGAGUGACAAUGCGGCAAAUAUAACAGCAGCAAUUCGACAGGGACAGUGGAAGGGCAUCGCAUGUUUCGCUCACAGCUUAAACCUAAUAGCCCAAGCUGCAGUAGCAGAGGUGGGUGAUACAAUGACAAAAAUAAAAAGAAUUGUUGAAUACUUUCAUAGGAGUUCACAAGGUUUGAAAAAGUUGAUUGAAACACAAAAACAAAUGCAACUUCCUGAACUGAAACUAAAACAAGACGUUGUCACUCGUUGGAACUCCACGUAUGACAUGCUUCAAAGAAUUGUCUGCAUAAAAGAUGCUGUUAUUUCCACAUUGGCAUUAAAUCGUCCUGAUUUAUCCCUGCCAUUGGACGAAUGGGUACUUUUAGAUGAAAUAAUUCUAAUAUUGAAACCUUUUUAUGAAGUAACCAAGGAAAUUUCUGCAGAAAAAAACGUAACGCUUUCUAAGGUCACAGUUUUAUGCAAUCUAUUAGAAUCUAAGAUAUCCAGGUGCAAUUCUUCAAAUGAACGAAUAAUAGCCAUGAGUCGUAUAAUUAAAAAUGGACUUAUUACUCGCUUUGGAGAAUUGGAGAGAAGUCAACUAUACGCUGAGAGUACUAUUCUCGACCCUAGGUUCAAAAGAAAUGGCUUUAAAAACGUUUCUAUGUAUGAGAGUGCUGUUAGAGUCCUCCGAAACCAAAUAAUUCUUAUUAGACUGCAAAACAGCGAAACUACAGAAGAAUCCUGCCCGGAAAUGAUUGCUAGCAAUGAUGAAGAAUCUAGUAUAUGGAAUGAAUAUGAUUAUGACUUUAAUAAAACAGUAAGGCCUGAAAAUAAUAUUGCUGCUGGAAUUAGGGAGUUCGACAAGUACUUAAACGAGGAAUAUUUAGAUAGAAAAAAAGAUCCUCUCACAUGGUGGAAAGAACGUAAACAACUUUAUCCACGAGUUUACAUUUACGCUUUAAAAAGGCUUUGUAUAGUAGCCACAUCGGUGCCAUGUGAGCGUAUAUUUUCUGCCACAGGCCAAAUAAUAAACGAAAGACGCACUCUACUAAAACCCAAUAAGGUUUCAAGCUUGGUAUUUUUACACAAUAAUAUGUAA